AUUUUCUCCAGCGGUCUUGGCGUAUUUGCCUGGGGGCUUACUCUUAUCACGUUAAUCGCAGAAAGGCGGAUAGGAUCGCCUCCUGGGGGCGGGUGGAUGAGAUUUGCAUAUGUCUUCUACUUCUCGGCUUUGGUGAUCAAGAUGUACUUUGCCAUGCAU